AGUCGUCGUUCAACCUUACUUUCUGGUGAACGUGUAGUAUUCAAAGCUUCCUACUAAACCUUUGAUGUUUUGUAGCACGGUGAAAGAGUUAGAAAAAGAAGAUCAUUCUUUUGAAAGUCACAGGGCUUUAAAUAGCUGCUACGCCCCCGGGCCUCGACGAAGCUGCUUCUCAGGAUGGCCGAGGGAAGCGAAGCUUAUUCAACAUCCUAUUCGGACUCAGAUUUUCCUAUGGCUGACUUAAGUAAUAGGGAAAAUGACAGCGAUUUCAGAGAGGACUCUGGUGCGGAUGACCACGGCUCGCCAACAGAGAAUGAGUUAGAAGAAUUAGGUCACGAAAUUGCUGAAAAGUGGAUGAAACUCGGGCGUCGCCUGGGGGUCAAGGAUCCAAAACUACAGGAUAUAGAACAAAGAUACGAGCAGCUGUGUGAGAAAGGAUACCAAAUGUUGAUACACUGGAAACAGGGGUAUGGAUCCGCAGCAACUUACCAAACUUUGAAUGCGGCAUUACAGCAUAAAUCAGUGCAGCGUAAAGACUUGGCAGAAAAAAUUUGUUGUAAAAAUGGUGGUAAAUUGAAUAUUCAUGUUGCGGUAGAAGACUUGAAACCUAAAGAACCCGAUACAGAAGGAAGUGUGUCUCAUUCAGGAAGAGAAGAUCCUCAUGCACUCAGAGCCCUGAGCUUAAUUGCUAUGAACUACCUCCAGACCACACCACCACAGUCAAGUGAAGAGCGUACUGAGUUUAAGGAAUAUUUGAGAGAAAUGAAGGUCAUCAUUACAGGUGUCUAUGUAGGAAGUUUGAUGAUAACAGUGAAGUGUGAUUCUCUCCAAAUCUUGGAGAAAUUGUGGGCAGAUUAUUCAUGUGGUCGUCUUGGUUCAAUGGUUCAAAGUUGUUUUGUGACUGAAAAGAUCUUGAAGGAACUGAACCUAGCUGAGCUGAAGCUGAAAACAACAAUGGAUAUAGAAGAGUACAAUGCAAGGAAAGUUUAUUUUGAGAGAGUUGCACUCAGAGAUUCUUUGGGCUCUCACUCACACUUCAUAAGUUCUGAAGAUCAAGCACAUUUGGAAAGCUGGAAGCAGAAGACAGAGGUUGGGGAGUCAGAUGUGAUGAAAGCAGAUAGAGAGGACGGAGAGAUCCAACUUGAAGGUGAAGGCGAGGAGAGUGAUGAACAGGACGAGGAAGUGGAAAACGAAGGAGAGUCAUUAUAUAAUGAGAUUGCAGCCUCAGAAGAACCAGCGGCGGAAGAUUCUGAAGAAAAUGAGCUCUCUUUCAAGAGAUUUGGGAUGGCCGAAGGAGGUAACGAACGCUAUCCCACCUCUGAUUCUGACUCUGAUAUUUCCAUAUUUGACUCAGAAAAUAGCGAAGAUGAAGAAGACGAUGGUGAAGAACUUUCGGAUCGAGAAGACGCUGAGAUUCAACUCGAAGGUGAAGGCAAAGAGAGUGAUGAAAAGGACGGAGAAGUGGAAAAUGAAGAGGCGUUAUUAUACAAUGAGACCUUAGAACAACUAGCGGUGGAAGAAAACAAACAAGAUCAGAAUGAUCCUAAACUGCCACUUACUGUGAACAGGAUUAUAGACUGUGUCAGAAAUUCUUUUUACGGUCACAGAGUUAGGCCACAAUACAUCAACAUCCUGACAGAUUUUGUUGAUGCAGAAAUUUUUCUUAUCGAUGGGGACUCUUUGCUGUUGGAGCUUCUUUGCGAGAACAGUUUAGAUUGGCAACAUGGCGGAGAGUUUCUGCAUCUCACCUAUCUUGUGGAACGCUUUCUCAAAUUCUUUACCGAUAAAGGUGGUGUUUUUCGUGUUAUCUUCUUCAAAGAUUUGGAGAUCAUUUGGAGAAGUCGACCUUCCAUGUUGCUGGCACGACAAGCUCUAAUUCUUCAUCUUCAAAACAAUACACGCUUCACUGUUGUCACAUCAGUAUCAAAUUUUUGGCACGAGGGCUGGUCAGACUACAUUGAUAACAGUACGCCGGCUUUUCUGAUGCUAACUGACGCAGAAAACAUUCCGUGGAAAGAGGCCAGAGAGACCAGAGAGCUGGAUUUGGCAGUGGAGUAUUUCUUCCGCUGCCUUCUGUUACAUUCUCUUGGACAAAGAUUGAAUUGUGUAUUCAUAUCAGGCAUUGAUAUGACUGCGACAAAAGUUAUGGGAGACUUCGUCGAGUCCACGUCAAUACAUAGGACGUAUUUCAUGCAGUUUCGAGACCCAAUGAUUAAAACAUGGCAAAUUUUGAUGACAUAUUGCAAUCGUCAAUUCACUCACGUCAGUUUUCCGGUAUCGUUUCAAGAGGGUCAGAUUGAUGUUAAAUCAGAAAUUAGGGCCGCUCUUCAAUCUCCACCACAAGGCGGCUGCCGAGAGCUUGCCACAGUCCUGACUUGUGCGCAAGUCCUCUGUAAACUCCUUAGAGACAAUGACUCUUGUGAGGAAACUGUAAAGAUUGCCCAAGACAGGGUAAAACUUUUCCUCCUUCAUGCUGCACUGCUAAGGAAACUUUCACUGAAAUACAGAGCACAUAGGACCUUGCUAAAUGAAUUCUGCGAGGAGAAUGAUGGCAAAGUUUUUCCCUUCGACGAGAUUUAUACAGGUUUAUGGAAGAUUCUAAAGCUGGUGCAAAUCGCUUUGGAAGACGCACACCGAGACGAGAGUGUUAAGAUUUCAUUGGACAUGUCUUCAGUAGCAGACUUAGUGGACGGACGCUUGGUUCAUGUUCUCUUCUUUUGUCUUGCGAAACAAACGUCCAAAAACUCCGAAGAACUAGGUCUGCCUGAGGAUGUGAUAGGAGAGGCAGAGUGUGCGUGGAGGAAAGUUGUUACGCUUGCAAAUGGAUCACGUCAUUCGAAUUUGCUCGAAUCUCAGUUUUUCCCUAUGUUUGACGGGAUUGCUACUGGCCUUCACCGAGUAGAAGAGGGCAAUUCAGACGACGAUGCUUGCUUACAGCUCAGGAAGCUCCUUGAAGUGGACAGUGCUCUUGUAAAUGAGUAUGCUGGGGAAAUCAGAUCAAGAAUUAACGCCAUGGCUGGAGAUGAGGCUGAAAAUGAAGUAUUCAACAGUGGUAAGGAAUUUGACGAACUCUACCACUGGCAUACUCUUAAGCCACUUACCGAUGAUUUUGAAAGGACGAAACAACAGUUUAAAGACAAGCCUCCAACCGAUCCAAGAGAGAGAAAAUCGUAUUUUAUAAACAAGAUGAAGCAUGUUCGCUAUCAUAGACUUUAUGGCAACUCACUCGUUGGUGGCGUCGAUAAUGCAAAAAUUAUUACCGUCACCGAAGAUGGAUCAAGGAAAAAAAACGGAAAACACAAGGAUUUAAAGAUGGGGAAAAAGAAGAAACAGAUCAUUGAAGAAAAUGAACGAAGGAUUCAAGGGCAGUUGAAAGAGAAAGAUGAAGAAAAGUGGCAACAUUUUAAAAAAGAGAUUGCUAGCAAUCUGAAGAAAGACAACCACGACACUGUUCUUCAGUUGGUCGAUAAGUACCUCGCAGAUGGCAAAUCUCCAGACCUUCGUCUUUAUGCACUGAUGGAAAAAGCAAAGACUUGUAUGGCAGCCUGGCAACACACAAGAACUCUUGAUCCUGAAUCUAAUGACCUGAAAUAUCCUGUCCUUCUGAUGGAAAGUGUUCAGAAAAUGGCAUAUGGCUACCAAGACCUUCUCACCGUUGAAUACAAAAAGAAACUGUCUGGAUUUAUGCAGAAGCUAGGGUUUAGUGAUAUCGCAUCCAUGUUCUACCAUCGAGCUGAAGAACGUGAGAGAAAGACUAAAGAGCUAUAUGUCCACUCUUCAAGCGUAAGAUUCCAACUCGAGCACAUGGGCCAUUUGCUGAAAAAGGCCGAAAGAACUGACCCCGAUCCCAGGGUCGACCAUUUUAUUCCAGAUACAUGGCAGCGUGAACUUCUUAACGCCGUGGAUAAAAACGAGUCAGCAAUAGUUGUGGCACCCACCUCGUCAGGAAAGACUUACGCCUCAUACUACUGCAUGGAGAAAGUGUUGAGGCAAGACAACGAUGGUGUUGUGGUCUAUGUUUCCCCAACAAAGGCCUUGGUGAACCAAGUUGUUGCUACAGUUUACGCUCGCUUUCAUCGUAAACAGCUUCCAGAGGGUAGAGCAGUGUAUGGUGUUUUCACGAGGGAUUAUCGAUUCAAUACGUUGAACUCUCAGAUCCUUGUUACAGUUCCACAGUGUUUGGAGAUACUUUUUCUCUCACCUCGUCGACAGGAUUGGACAAAGAACGUUAAAUACGUGAUCUUCGACGAGGUUCACUGUCUUGGUCAAGAGAUUGGUGCUGAAGUCUGGGAGCAUCUACUUUUACUUAUUCGUUGUCCCUUCCUGGCACUCUCAGCAACCAUUGGAAAUCCAAAUGAUCUCAUGGAGUGGUUGCAAGCUGCUCAAGACUUUCGUGAACAGCAAGACAAGCUACAAAAUGUCAAGCUGAGGGCGUCGUACAAAAUAAGGCUGGUUACUUGUCCUGAGAGGUACUCAGAUCUAGAAAAGAGCAUAUACCUUCCAAGUCCCAGUAAUGGUGAAUUUUCAAGUGAGUCACAAAAAUAUGAAGGUACUUACGAUCUCAAGGGCACGGAAGAGUUUGUUAGACUUCACCCAUGCGCACAGCUCGGAUUCAAACAGUUGCGAGAAAAUUCUUUCCCUGGUGAUAUGGCUCUGACUCCACGAGAAACUCUGCAGCUGUAUGACGUCAUGGUUCAGCAGUGGCCUGAAAAGGAAUCAUUACAGAAACUUUUUCCAGAGAAAUAUUUUUUGGGAACUGAGUUGAUCCAGAAGGACCAUGUUCGGCAAUACGAGAGUGAGGUAAAAGCAGAAUUCAAGUCCUGGGCGGAUGAAGGGCAGGUGGAAAAGGUGAAAUCUGUCAUUCGAUGGUUAAACAAGGAGUGCUUACAAACGGGGUUUUCAACUGAGGAGGAAUGGAACAAGCUGGAAAUGGAUUCAUCUGGCACACGUUUCAUCCUGAAUAAUUUCACAAAGCUCGUUGACCAGCUGAGAGCUCAAAAUAAGUUGCCAGCCCUGGUUUUUAGUUUUGAUCGUCAGCUGUGUGAAGUUCUAGCUGGAGAUCUCACUUUGCAACUUGAAAAACGAGAAAUGGAUCUAAAAGCACGAGCUGGCUUGAAAAGUGCAAAAGGUUUGGAAAAGAAGCAAGCUAAAGCUGAAAAGAGAGCGAAGAGGAGAAGAGAUAAAGCUGAGAAGCGCAAAGGAAAAAGCGGAGUCAGUGGCCAUACAGAAGAGCAAGAUGAGACGGAAUUUUCAGUGUUGAACAGACCUCCACGAGAUCUCCACGAGACUGAGCUGGCCGUUAAACAUGGAAUUACUCACGAGGAUUUGAACAAAAUCAUGAGUCGCAUUCAAAAGCACGCAGAGAAGACUCAAGGGACAGCUGACAAGAAAAACAUCAAAAGAUUGAUGAAUGAAGGAGAAGAUCAAGAUGAAGAGGAUUUGGAUAAGCCUUUACCUGAAUGUACACUUGGCUUUAGACACGGAAUUGGAAAUGAGGAACUCAACAAGAUCAUGAGUCGUAUAUGGUCAAUGCACAGCAGGAAUCCAUUCAAGCGCGGCUUGAAACGAGGAAUUAGCUACCAUCAUGCUGGAUUAAACAACAAAAUGCGAAGCGUCGUGGAAAUGCUCUUCAGGGAGAGGUAUCUUCAGGUUGUCACGGCAACAGGAACCCUGGCCCUUGGUAUUCAUAUGCCCUGUAAGACAGUUGUGUUUGCUGGAGACUCUCCAUUCCUUAACUCGCUACAGUACAGACAGAUGUCUGGAAGAGCGGGUCGAAGAGGCUUUGAUCCCGUGGGAAAUGUUGUGUUUUUUGGACUCCCUUACCGUAAAGUCCAACGCCUCAUCACCGCAAACAUCCCAAAGCUUGUGGGAAACUUUCCCAUCAAUGUAUCGCUGGUACUGCGCCUGCUCCUGAUGACGUCAAAAGGAGACGAUCCACAAGAUGCGUUAACUAAGGCUCUGACCCUGCUGUGUCACCCUUUCAUCUGCCGAAAACACCCUGAGAUGGAAAGCCAAAUCAAGAAACAUUUCCUAUUCAGCGUUGAACUUCUUACCAAAUUGGGUCUUGUAAAAAUAGAAAACGGAGCUCCGCAAGAGAUGGCAGGAUUAGCGGCCCAUCUUCACUACCAUGAACCUUCCAACUAUAUUCUGGUCAGUUUUCUACGACGUGGUCUCUUUCACAAGUUUUGUGAGCCAGGGACAAAUGAUGAAUUUUCUCAGGAUGUAAUGAGAAAGAUGGUGCUUGUUAUAAGCCACUUGAUUGGAAGAAGAUUUCUCCACCCCUCUCUGAUGCGAAGAAUUUCAAAGUGCUCUGCUUCAAAAGUGAUAUUGGAGCCUCUUCCAGAGGAUUUUGCUGAAGCUCUGAGCGACUACAAUCGUCAGGUCACAAAUAUUUUCAGCCAGUACCUCGCAACAGUUGCUAAGGACCUUGAAAAGGAAAGCGGGGAGGAUAUCAAACUUCCCUUGUCGGGUAUAGAAUUUCCAGGAAAAGUGAGCAUUGCUGAAGAAGACCUUGACAAGUACCAUGCAUUGAAAAUUCUCGCAAACACCUCUAUUCCGUACUCGGCCUGUUCUUCCUUCGCCGCACUGUCAGGAAAUACAGACGAACAGCUACAUUCUUCCAAAUCUGCAUCAGCUGAAACCCAGGAGUCAGAAGACGACGAAGAAGAACCAAUAGAACAUUUACUCAAGAUUGUUCGUCAAGAUGUCUACACAGACGUUAAUGUCGUGCCUACUCUUUCAGUCAGUGGUUCUCGACGCUUGAAUGCGUAUGCAUUGGACUUUUUCAAACAUGGAUCCUCUAAAGUUAUUGAGAGAGACAAUGGUAUCAAAUCUGGCGAGGUUUUCACUGCUCUGAAGGAUUUUUAUCUGACCAUUAAAUCAAUCAGCACUUCAUUGGAAGAGAUGGGUCCUGAAAACGACAAUGUAGUACGGGCGUUUAAACAACUGGCCCGGGAGUACGGAGAAAAAUUCAAUAAACGGUUCAAUUCUGACAUAUGAGACAGUUUGGACGGAAGACCUAGGUAGUCUAUUGGUUUCUGCACUUAAUUCAUGUUGCAGAGGCCUCUGCCCACUCCGGCGAACUCUGUCAUCCUGAACGAGCGUAGACAGUCUCUAAAUUUGACUCUUAACCCUUUCAAUCUCUUAUAAUUAAAGCGAUAAGCACUUUAUUUCUCCCGACAGAAUCCCCCCAGAAUCAAACAUCGAGGUCAUGAGGAUAAAAGGAACUAUCGUGCACGUGAACUCACGAUGCUCACGACUGUUCCACAAAUCCUCUUUAGGAGAUGUAUAGAGUACAGUAUGGAGAGCUUGCAUACUAAUGUUAGGGUUUUAAUGGAUAAUGAGAUGAUUGUUCAAGUUGUUAGUAACACAUUUUCCACAGGAUGCAGAAGCAUUAUGAAUGAUUUAAAAUAAGGCAUCCAUCAAUUCGAAGUUGCAACAUCCCCCCCCCUCGGGCAUUUGAACUUUUAGAAUGUUGGUUAGUUCACAUCCCCUCCCAGCCAAAAUUGCGUUCAAAUGCCCCAAUUAAUUCCUUACCCAACUCGGGCAAGGUUCAAAUUCCCCAUUCCCGUCCGGGCACGGACGACAGUCCAGGUAGCCCGUGGGGGAAAAGGGAUGUUGAAGCUUCGAAUUGAUCGGCAGAUAAAUUUGGCGUGAAACCUUGGCCCACCAUUUAAAACUAAUGAAAUAAUAAAAUAAUGUAUCGCUUG